GAACGUUAGUUGAACCUCAGUUCAAUAUCAGUAUUGUAACUUAAGAAUGUAUUUAUGUGAAUAAAUUUGAUAGAAGGAAGAGAGAUAAAUGUAAUUUCGUAGUGUAUUAAAUGAUGCAUAUUUCUAAAACAGUACACUUUGUAUAAAAAAAGGAGGAGGAAAACAGAAAGAUGUAUCGAUCCUAUAACUAUCUGAAUUUUAUUCAAAACAUAACAUGUCGAUAUCAAGCCGAUCCAUUAUGUAUAUUCCAGAUUGGAAUAAACAAAAGACAUACCAGUAUUUUAAUAACGCCCAAGUAUGAUAUACAAUACAAAGUACGUAUGUUUUCGUAUUCUCAAAAAGUGUGUGCUAAUAAAAAAAUAGGCAGACAUGAGAAUAGCAGAUGGAUCAGCAUAGCAAGAUUUUUAUCUGAUGAUACAAAGAUUAAGGAUAAGUCUGAAAAGAAACUAGCUGAAGAUGUACAGCAGAAAGUGGUAGAGUUAAAGGAAGAGAAAUUGGGUAAAUUAAAAGAGAGAAUAUUAAAUAUAGAACCAAUUGAUUCUAGUGAUGAUAAGGAAAAAGGAAAAGAACCAACAAAAUUUGUUGAAAAACAAUCUACAGAAUCCAAAGAAUUGCCAAAGGAUGAUGUUAUGUCGAAAAAAGCGAAAAAGAGAAACAAAGUUGAUAAAUCGACUUCUUCCUUGGAACGUAAUUUUAUUACACCUGUGAGAGCUAUGUCGGACUUUUUAUUAAAGCCUUCUGAUUUGCAAUCUUUACCAAAAACAAAGAGACGUUCCCCAUAUGAGCUUGAACCACCUAUUACAGUUUACUGGAGGAAAGAUGUUGAGGCUAAAGCUUUGGAAGUUUGGGGAUCUCAAGAAGCUUUGCUAAAAGAACUUUUGAAAAAGGAGGUAGAGCGAAAGAUUUAUCAGCAAAAUGUUUUUACGGUCAAGAGAAGAUUGAGAGAUUACAGGCGAGAAAUUGGCAAUAAGACAGAAAUAGUUCAAAAGGAGGGUCUAUUUGGAAGGUCUGGCAAAGUAAUAUUGACUGCAAUAGCCAUAAAUGCCAGUAAUUUCAUAUGCAAAUUGAUUGCUUGGUUAUACACUGGCUCGCAUAGCAUGUUUUCUGAAUGUAUACAUUCUGCAGCAGACACUUGUAAUCAACUAAUUCUAGCCUAUGGUAUUCAUAAGUCAGUGCAGAAUCCUGAUCCGGAUCACCCUUAUGGUUAUACAAACAUGAAGUACGUCUCCUCAUUGAUAUCAGGCGUAGGAAUCUUUUGUGUUGGCACUGGUCUUUCCAUCUAUCACGGAAUUCACGGUCUUCUUUUUCCCGCACCGUUGGAUUCUUUUUUUUGGGCAUAUUUCGUCUUAGGUGGAUCCUUGUUAUCAGAAGGAGCAACUUUAAUGAUAGCCUUGCAUUCUAUCCGGAGAGGUGCAGAGGAAAAGAAAGAAAGCUUUAAACAAUUCGUCUUGGAAGGACAAGAUCCAUCUGUGAAUGUUGUGCUAAUGGAAGAUUUUGCAGCUGUACUUGGAGUUAUUGUCGCAGCAGGAUGUAUGGGAUUGACUUCAUAUCUAGAAAAUUCAAUGUUUGACGCCUUUGGUUCGCUUCUCGUAGGCGGAUUGCUCGGUGGAGUUGCAUCCUUUAUAAUUUAUUCGAAUGUUGCUGCGCUUAUAGGAAGAAGUAUAUCACAGGAGAAUCUGGAUAAAAUUAAUGCCGAAUUAGAAGCAGAUAUAAUGGUCCGUGCAAUUCACGAUGUGAAAGGCAUUGACAUGGGUAAUCAUUUGGUGCGAUACAAAGCUGAAUUAGAUUUUGACGGACGAGAACUCACAAGGUCUUAUCUAGACAAGCAUGAUCUUACGCUAAUGUUGGAGGAAGUGAAAAGCAUGCAAAAUAUUGAAGAGCUAGAGGCGUUUUUAUUGAAACAUGGUGAAAAUAUUGUAGACAUGCUCGGUGGAGAAAUUGAUAGAAUAGAAUUAAAAUUAAAGAAAAGUCAUCCAGAAAUACGACAUUGUGAUUUAGAAAUUCUAUAAAGAAAAAUCGUUAGGGGGGAUGGUUCAAGUAAAUUUUAAAACUUGUAGAAAAAAUUUCUCAUUUUUUUCUUUCUCCUUCUGUCCUUAUAGAUGUAAAUUAUUAUUUAUAACAUCUCUUUCAAUCCGAGACAUUAAUUUAACAUGACAAAUGGUUCUACUGUAGGAUAGAAGCUGUCUCAUUUACUCUUUUUAGAAAAAUCACUUUUUGUAAAUAUUUUAUGUAAGUUAUGUACAAUUGUGAGUUGCAAAGAUUCUUAUCUCUCACAUCAUUCAGCACAAUAAAUAAACAGAAAUUUCUUAUAAA